CUGCUUCCGGCACGUGAACAUGGCGCCGCCAGUGCCGCUCUUAGCAGUGUGUGAGUCGGACAGGACGUCACUGCUUUGCGGUCCCCCUACCUGCCAGGAGCACGCCGCCUUCCCCAGGGAUGGCGGUUCGAGCCGGUGCUUGACGUUCAGCCGUGACGGCUCACUGUUGGCGUGGUGCAAUGGACACGUCGUGUCAGUGGUGCGGACGUCGGACAGCUCCUCGGUGGCCAUGUUGGCGCUGCCAAAGACGACGCUGCUGCGGUUCUCGCCUCUCACCAACAUCCUGGUCACGUGGCAGCCGUACACCAAGAGCGCUGAGGCGGCUCAGGGCGACGCCAACCUUCGGCUGUGGGAGCUGCCCAGCGCCAGCUUGCUCAAAGCUUUGUUCCAGAAGAAGGCGGAGGCCUGGUGUCCCAGCUGGUCUCAAGACGAGAAGGUGGCCGUGAGGAUCGUCAGCAACGAGCUGCACUUCUUUGAGGACAACAACUUCAACGCCAUCGCCAACAAGCUUCACGUGCAGAAAAUUUCCAACUUUGAGCUUUCACCAGGAAGUCUUCCCAGCAAGGUGUGCGUGUAUGUCCCGGGCAGCAAAGGGGCGCCGUCCUUUGUGCGAGUGUUCCAGUACCCGCAGUUGGGAGGGCCCGGUGCCGCUCUGGCCACCAAGAGCUUCUUCAAGGCUGACCGUGUCAACAUGCUGUGGAACAAAAAAGCGUCGGCCGUGCUGGUGACGGCGAGCACCGAGGUGGACAAGAGCGGAGCGUCGUACUACGGAGAGCAGACGCUGCACUACCUCCACGUCGGCGGAGAGACGGCGCUCGUGCAGCUGCCCAAAAACGGUCCCAUCUACGACGUGGCCUGGAGUCCAAACUCCAGCGAGUUCUGCGUGGUUUACGGCUUCAUGCCAGCCAAGGCCACCAUCUUUAACUUCAAGUGCGACGCCGUCUUCGACUUCGGGACCGGACCUCGCAAUGCCGCCUACUACAGUCCACAGGGUCACAUCCUUGUCCUGGCCGGAUUUGGGAAUCUUCGAGGUCAGAUGGAAGUUUGGGACGCUAAGAAGUACAAACAGGUGUCCAAAUGUCAGGCUCCUGACGCCACUCAGUUCAGUUGGUGUCCCGACGGCGAGCACAUGGUCACGGCGACGUGCUCGCCUCGCCUGCGUGUGGGCAACGGCUUCAAGGUGUGUCACUACACGGGCGCCGUGGCGCACGCGCACCAGACGCCUGCCGGGAGUGAGCUGUGGGACGUCCGCUGGCAGUCCUUCCCGGACGGAACCUUCCCCGAGAGACCGGUCCGCUACCAGACGGCGGCCACCCGGGCGGACGCGCCCGCCCCGGCCUACAGACCGCCCGCGCUCAGGCACCUGCCGGCCGCGCCCACUUCCAAGCUGCACGAGGAGGAGGCGCCUCAGAACGCGCGUCCGUCCGACAAGAAUUUGUCCAAAGCGGCGCUGAAGAAUCAGAAGAAGCGAGAAGCGAGAAAAGCUGCCAAACAGGAGAGCAAGCCCGAGGCCCAGCUGCCCUCUGAACCCGCCCCCGUCACGAACAGCCAAUUGACGGACACCUGCGGCGACCUCGAGAUGGACAAGAAGAUCAAGAACGUCAAGAAGAAGUUGAAAGCGAUCGAGGAGCUGAAGGAGCAACAAGCGACGGGAAAAGUUCUGCAGAAGAACCAGCUGGAGAAGAUGCAGAAGGAGGAUCAGCUGCUGGAGGAGCUCCAAAAAUUGCACCUGCAACACUGACACACACACACACACACACACACACACACACACACACACGCAAAAAUCGGUGUGGCUGAAGAAGCAUGUUGCCGAGGAUUGUGGGAAGAAACGACAAAGGCGUCACUUUCACAGGUUGCUAAGCAACAUGUUACGACUUUCAGAAUAAAAGCCUCUUUCCAUACUUUUUUCUUAUUU